AUGGACCAAGGAAAUAACUCAAGAGUGACUGAAUUUGUGUUGCACAGUCUUUCAGGUCCUCGAGAGAUACAACUUUUCUAUUUUGCAUUUUUCACGCUUUUCUAUUCAUCCAUUGUGCUGGGAAACCUACUCAUUGUGCUCACAGUCCUCUCUGAACCUGCACUACACACACCCAUGUACCUCCUGCUCAGUAAUCUCUCCUUCACUGAUGUGUGUCUAUCCACCUUUGCCACUCCCAAAAUGACUGUUAACUUCCUCAAGGAGCACAAGACCAUCUCCUUUGAGGGCUGCAUGGCCCAGAUAUUCUUUCAUCAUGCCUUUGCCGGUGGUGAAAUGAUGCUCCUUGUGGCCUUGGCAUAUGACAGAUAUGUAGCCAUAUGUCGACCCCUGCACUAUGCAGCCAUCAUGAGUGUACGCAAGUGUACAGGCCUUGUCAUGGGCUCCUGGCUCAUUGGUGUCCUACACUCGGUAAGCCAGUUGGUUUUCAUAGUAAACCUUCCAUUCUGUGGUCCAGAUAAAGUGGACAGCUUUUUCUGUGACCUUCCUUUAGUCAUCAAACUUGCCUGCACUGAUACCUAUAUCUUUGCGAAACUGAUGCUUUUAGACAGUGGUCUAAUAGCUAUGAGCUCUUUUGUGCUCUUGCUCAUCUCCUACACAGUCAUCCUGGUCACUGUGAGAAAAUCCUCAGCAAGCAUGGCCAAGGUCUGGGCCACCCUGACUGCCCAUGUCACUGUGGUGAGCCUUUUCUUUGGGCCUGGCAUUUUCAUCUAUGCCUGGCCUUUCAGCAGCUUCCUAGUGAAUAAUAUCCUCUCAAUAUUCUAUGUUGUUUUCACCCCUCUCUUAAACCUCAUUAUUUACACAUUCAGAAAUAAGGAGAUAAUAUCAGGAAUGCAGAAACUGAGUAGAGAACAAGUACGUUCCUAA